AUGGUCCAACAAGAUGCAUUUCAAAGGAUCCAGCAGAUACUAUUAUCACCCACUGUCAUGAAAUCCCCGGUGCAAGGACGAUCAUUGAUGCUUUACACGGCCUCUAGUGAUGUUGUUAUUGGGGCUCUUCUCACUCAAGAGGAUGAAGAAGGUGUCGAACAUCCAAUCUACUACUUUAGCCGUACAAUGAGAGAUGCUGAACUCCGAGUCAUACUUGUUGCUAAAGAUGAUCCUGUAAAAUUAUUACUGUCAAAACUAGCUUUGAUAGGCAGACCUGCAAAAUGGUUACUACAGAUGUCAGAGUUUGACAUAGCAUGUGUCUCACGCAAAACAAUCAAGGGCCAAGCAGUUGCAGACUUACUCGCCGCCUUUCCAGUGGAAGACAUCCCAAUGCUACAUGAAGAUGUGUCGGGUGAGCUUCCAGAAAUUUCAGUUAUUAAAGAGGAAACAUGGUUGUUAUACUUUGAUGGAUCAGCCACUCUUAGCAAUGAUACUGGUGGAGCGGCCGUCGUGUUAUUAUCCCCGUCCGGUGAAGUCUUCUCGCCUUCGUUCAAGUUAGAAUUUCACUACACCAACAAUUCAGCGGAAUAUGAGGCCUUCUUGCUGGGAUUAUCUUUGUCCAAGCAAGCAGGAGCGAUGCAAAUGGAGAUAAUAGGAGACUCAAAGUUGUUAGUCAAUCAGAUGAAUGGCGUGUACUCCCUUAAAGAAGUGACACUUGCUCUAUUCAGAGACAAAGCACAACGUCUAUUAUAUUAUUUUUCCGAGGCAACGAUCGUCCAUACCGGUCGUACAAACAACAAACAUGCUGACUGUUUAGCAACUCUUGCAUCCAAACUGCAAUUGAAGGGUCAAAGAAGUCCAUCACUGUACAAAGGCGUUCUGUGUCAUCAACCUGACUCACUUAAGUUGAAGAUGAUCAAACGAGCGACUGGCGAGCACCUAUCAUUCAUGAAUUGA